AACCAACAUCACCACCUCUCCUCAGCAUGUCCCCGACGCCAUGGAUAUGCCGAACCUGCACAAGAGCAUUAACACGCUCUCACAUGCGCCAAUUCGUGCGCUUCGCAACCAAUGAUGCCUCACCACUCCUCGCACCCGCACUCCUCCAGCGCGCCCAAUCCCUCACAACCGAACACGACGACCUCCAGAAAACCCUCAACAACUCCUUCGAUUCUACCAUAGCUAAGCGCGUCGGCGAAUUGUCCCGCGUAGCUGAAGCGCUGAAAGCAUGGCAGACCUCCCAAGCCUCUGUCACCGAAUUAACCUCCAUGCUCGACGACCCCGAUCAAGACGCCGAUCUCGCUGCCAUCGCCCGCGAUGAACUCAGCUCCGAAACAGGAAAACUCGAGUCCCUCGCCCGCAGACUCUCAGCAAGCUUAACGCCCCGCCACCCCUUCGCCGAUUUCCCAUGCAUGCUGGAAUUCCGCCCUGGGCCUGGUGGUCUUGAAGGGCGGUACUUUAUGGAUACUUUGUUCAAAAUGUACAAGGCGCUAUGCAUGCGACGCGGUUAUCGCCACACAGUAGUAAAGUACGAAUUUGCCGAUACAGCAGGUGACUCCUCCUCAUCAGCCGGCGAGAACCCUCUCCAAGAAGCAAUUCUCGAAGUCCACGACCAAGGCGCCUUCGACAUCUUCCGCAGCGAAGCAGGCAUGCACCGCGUCCAACGCAUUCCCAGCACCGAGACCAAAGGCCGCGUGCACACCAGCGCCGUCGCAGUCUGGGUUCUGCCCUCGUUCCCCGAGAACGGCGCUGCAAACAUCGACUUUGACGAUCCAGAGAGUGACUUCUACGUUAAUCCGCAGGAGGUCAAAAUUGAGACGAUGCGAGCUAGAGGUGCGGGAGGACAACACGUUAAUAAGACGGAGUCUGCUAUUCGAAUGACGCAUUUACCUACUGGUACGACUGUGUCGAUGCAGGAUCAUCGUUCGCAGCAGCGUAAUCGUGAAGAAGCAUGGAAAUUGCUUCGUUCACGCAUUGCAGAUCAGCGACGAGAAGCUCGUGAAGAGGAAGCCUCUAAGCUAAGAAACAGCGUACUCUCCAAGACACAGAUCACACGAGGUGAUAAGAUCCGAACAUACAACUACAACCAAGACCGAUGUACCGACCAUCGUGCAGGCGUUGACGUGCACGACCUACCGAAUGUUCUCGAGGGCGGUGAAAAGCUAGAUCGAAUCAUGGACGGCGCAAAAGAUUGGCUUGUGAAUAAGGAUAUUGAACUCCUCAUGGCCGAAGAAGAAGCCAAAGAGAAGCUCAAUGGCAAGAAAUAGAUGUACAACACUGUAGCAUAGGCAUUGUAUUAUCAUGUACAGAACCCGCUGUAGGGAACCCAAAACUGUUGAAUAGAUGACGAUAUCCGACGCUUCAUAUCUUCGUGCCAUUAUGCGUAUCAAGAACAAACCAAACUCCAGCAUGCAUCCGAUGAGGACACCGCGGUCCCAGCUAACUCCAUGCAUCAAAGUCCAUUUCACAUUAAUCCUCCAAGAACCACCUUCCCAAUACUAGCCACCUCUGUCUUGACAUGGCUGCGACUCUGCUCCUCAAAGUCCCGUACUAUCCCUUGCACGAUUAUCUUGCGCACGCGCGAAUCCGCUUUCGUGAAGAGUUCAGCGACAGG